AUGGAUCGCCGGAAUAGCAGCGAGAAAACGACGACGUCGCAAGGCUCAACCAUGAAAGCGCCACCCUCAAUCUCAGUUUCUGAGGCCUUUAUAGUCAACGCGUUAUGCGUCCUUGGCUUGGCCUUCGCCUUUUGGGUUGCCAACACUGUCUUCUCCAUCGACCUCGUUUCUCAUCCUUCUCUCACACUCUUCUUCAUCUCGAUUGCAGAGCUUCCGAUCGUGAUCCUUCUAUACAGUCGAUAUCGACAAAAUCGCCAACAAUGCACGUACCUGCGAGCUGUUGGAAGAGGUGUUCUAGGAGUGCCUAUAGGGGCACUAUUAAAUUUUUUAGGAGCUAUUGCUUUGGGGGCGCCUGUUACAUUUCAGUAUCUUCCCAAGACUUUAAAUUGGGCUCUCAUGAUGUCAUUGUUCACAACAGUUCCAGCAUCAUGUGUUCUUGGUUCAUCGUGGGCUGACUGGAGACGUAUAUUUGCUCAAACAAAGCCUAAUGGAUCUAUAGAGUACCUGAUUUGUUUACCAGCUCAUGGAGCAGUUAUUGGGGCAUGGUUUGGGGCUUGGCCGAUGCCACUUGACUGGGAGAGGCCAUGGCAGGAAUGGCCCAUUUCUGUGAGCUAUGGAACCAUAGCCGGGUACCUGGUGGCAAUGGUUGCAUCAUUGGGCUUUGUUCUUAAUUGUUGUAGGUCACAAAAUAUCAAAAGAGAAUAA